UGGCCUCCAGCACCUCCAGUGUAAACAAGGUAGGGUGUGAGUAGCUCCGGUGCGAGUGUUCCUGGCCUGACCUGGGGAUUGGCCUGGGUCACAGACGCUAGGUGAAGGUGGUGGCGGCUUGUACCACUCAAGGUGACAUUGACUCUGAGGGCUGGGAGGAUGUCGUACUAACAGAAGAGACAAAGAGACAGGAAGGACGCGAAGAUGAGUCUGGGAAACAUAAGCAUUAACUGUCCGUGGGAGGACAACUCACCAGAGCCUCUCUUAGACAUUUGUGGAAAAUAUGUCAUCGCUCAUCCGGAGACCUUCUGUGUUCUACACCAACUCAGUGGGCUGUGGUUCCUUCGGCCAGGCACGGCCCUCCCAACAGAACUGUGUGAGAGGCUGAUAAGUCUGUGGCAAGACAUAGAUCCAGAAGCACUUGAUGAUAGGUUUAUUAAUAUAUUUAGAGACUUGGCUAAUACAAGAUUAAAGAGAGUAACUUUGAGAAACUCUUCAGUGUCUGAUGAUGGGCUAGGUGUUCUUCUCUCUCAUAAUUUAAUUGAACUUGAUAUUAGUAACUGUAGUAAACUCUCAGAGCGAACAUUAGAUAACAUAAACAAAUAUGGUGACAGUCUCCUGACUCUAGUGAUUGGAAAAACUAAAGACAUUCUACCGAGUUCAGUGUCAGCUGGAACACAGCUUGAGUCAAGCACUGGAAAAGAUGGCAGCCCAGUGAGUGAGGUGAGAAAAAGAGAGUACAUCCUGCGAACCCCAAACCUACGGAAACUUGUGGUGCGGGAGCUGAUACAACCCAAGGAUGAUGGGUACUUUGUUCUGCUCUUGCAGCCACUCACAAAGCUGACUCACCUUGACUUGUCAGGCUGCUUCUUCCUUCAUGACAUCAAAUAUCUCCUUCCCAUGAAGAAUCUAGUCUCCAUAAAUCUCCACUGUGCGCAGAGAAUACAAGACACAAUCCCAGUUCUUUCUGAAAUCAAAACAUUGAAAUUUUUGGAUGUGUCUCAAGCCAACCAGACGUAUGGCAUGUUUGAGUGCCCAGACACAACACUAGCCAAUCUGGUGUCAAGUUUGCCAAAUCUUACAAGCUUGGAUAUUUCUGGCACAAAUUUGUCAGGGGAUGGCACGUUUGAUGAAUACAGAGAUUCAGAUGAUGAGCAUCACAGUGAUGUAGAGGCAGACUUAUGUGAUAUUCCCGGCUUGCGAUGUCGCAUCAACAACCCACUGGAGUUCUUGGGUCUUUACAACACACUUCAUGAUGCUUGUCACAGAAGCCACAUCCCUGCCAGGGUGAUCACUGGUGAUGCCAAUGAGGAGCAGAUACUGGCUGCCAUGGAAGCUUAUUUAGAUCGGCCUGAUGUACUCGUCAAGGCCCUAAAUGAGCUGUUCCAUAUCUUCCGGUUUGAGACGUGCCAUGACCAAAAGCGAGCCCUCAACCUCAUCCUGCUGGCCAUGCUCAGGCACCGCCGGGAGAAGCACAUUCAGAUAUCUGGAAGCGCAUCACUGUUCUAUAUUGCUAAGACUGAAGACAAAAACAGUCUGAGUGUAAGAGCCAGACAGAAGAUGAUUGGGGUGUUGUUGGAUGCAAUGGAGACUCAUCUAGAUGACUCUACUAUGAUGCGAAAUGGAUGUCUCACUCUCUGUCAGUUCAGGAUACCUCAGGAUGUGCUGUUUGAAUAUCGACGUCUUGUCCAGCUUCUGCUGCGCCUCAUCAAAGGCCGAGAUGAUGGUGAUGAUUUUGUGCGAAGGAUUGCCAUUUAUCUCCUUAACUCCCUUGCUUGCCAGGUGGAUGGAGAACAAAAGGAACUUGUUGGAGAUCUAGGAGCAAUAGAGACAAUGCUGAAGCUGAUCAGUGACAGGCUGCAGGAUGAUAUGCAUGAUGACAUGCUGGAGAUUGCCUGGUCUGCAAUGUGGAAUGUGACUGAUGAGACGCCUAUCAACUGUCUUCGUUUUCUUAAUGGCGAAGGGAUGACCUAUUUCCAGAAAUGCCUCAAGGCAUUUCCGGAUAAACCCGAAUUGUUGCGAAACAUGAUGGGACUGUUGGGCAAUGUAGCAGAAGUGAAGGAGCUUAGACACCGCCUCAUGACUCCUGAGCUCCUCACCACCUUUGCUGAUCUUCUAGAUUCCAACUCGGAUGGCAUUGAGGUGAGCUACAAUGCUGCAGGGGUGUUGUCCCACAUUGCCAGUGGUGGGCCUGAGGCCUGGACCAUUGACCGUCCCACCAGGGCUGAAGUGCUGGAGAGAAUGGUGGCAGCAAUUGAGCGCUGGGACUUGGCCUCAAAACGUAACAUUAAUUACAGAUCAUUUGAGCCCAUCCUAAGACUACUGGAGGUUUACCACACUCCUCAGUGUCAACACUGGGCUGCCUGGGCACUGGCCAAUCUAACCAGAGUUUAUCCUGAUAAGUAUUGCUCACUGGUGGAGGAAGAGGGAGGAAUACAGUUACUACAAGCCCUUCUAGCUUCCCCAACCCCUUAUUCCCGCAUCAAGAUUCUGGCACAGAUUGUCAUCGUUCAGUGCCAACACUACAAGGAGGAUGGAUCUUUGGAGCACAUGGAUCUGGAUUCAAACUCUUAGAGAGAAUAUAACAUCGUCAGUUUUGGAGUCAUUCUUGAAGUUUCUGGAAUGAUGUUUUAGUGUGAUAUUUGUUGUCUCCUCUGUUGACAGUGGCUGGUUAUUAAUGUUCUUGGCAGAGCUAAUCAAAUGAAGCAGAACUGUUUCUUAGAAAUUCAUUGUGAGGAAAGUAGUUAUAUGGAGAUUUGUUUGUAAGAUUCUCUGUCAAGUUACAGAGACUUGUAAAACAACAGUCUAAUACAUACAUUACUUUAAAGUUUACUGCUUUGAGCUUCUGAGACUGACAUUCACGUUAUUUUCUUACCUGCCAGUACCUCUGGAUAAUAUUUGACUCUUGGCAUGCAUUGAUUUUUCAAUUUAGCUUACAGCAACACUUUGAUUAUCUAUCGGUUUUCAAUGCAGCUCUCAAUAAAUACUCCUUAUGCA